CAUAAACAGCUCGUCAACCACCCCGGUAGCUUGCUAGCCAACAUAGCCGAAAGAUUCAAGCUAUUUAUACGCUUUCGGUGUAUAUUACCUACUGUGUUUUAGACACACUUCUGUCGUAUCUACUUGUUAACCUAUUUAAUUUAAUAUUACGUUAUUUUGUAUUAGUCAGCUAUAGUAGCUGGCUGGUUAAGUUAGCACUAGCCUAGUCGCUAAUGAUAGCUAGCUAGCUAACAUCCCCGAACAUGAGCUCCCCAAACUACUCCCCUCCUGUUAAAGAAGAGGAGAUCUGCUGGACGGAGAAAGAAGCUCUGGGGCUGAACAUUGUCGUGAAAGAGGAGACGGAAGAAGAGGAUGGCACAGUUAAAAAAGAAGUAGAGAGUGAGGCUGUUACAGUGAAAGAAGAAGAGAAAGACGUUUCAGUGAAAGAAGAGGAAGACUCGUUCAGAGUGAAAGAGGAAGACGCGUUCAGAGUGAAAGAGGAGGAGGAUGUUACUGUGAAAGACGAGGAGGAAGAGAAAGAGGAGGAUGCAGUUUUUGGAGUGAAGAAGGAAGGGGAGAUUACUGUCACAUUGAAAGAUGAAGAGGAGGAGAUAGGAGAUCUGAUUAACACCAGAGAGAGACGGGACUACCGUGGGUCCUCUGGGGAGCCUCAACAACCUCAUGAUGCUGACGAGGCAGAGAAGAGUCUCUCCACAUCAGAACACCUCAAGAAACACCUGCAGAGAUCCACAGGGAAGAAACCUCGCUGCUGCUCUGACGGUGGGAAGAGAUUCACCUCCUCAGCAGGCAUUAAAAUUCAUCAGAGAAUCCACACAGUGGAGAAACCUUGUAGCUGUACUCAAUGUGGGAAGAGUUUUACCCAUUCAACCAGCCUGAUAUCACACCAGAGAACACACACAGGAAAGACAUCUUACAUCUGUAGCUGUGGUAUAUGUGGGAAGAGUUUUACUCGGCUAAGCACCCUGAUAUCACACCAGAGAACACACACAGGAGAGAAACGAGAGAAACCGUAUAGCUGUGAUGAAUGUGGGAAGAGUUUUUAUACAUCUAGCCAUCUUAUUGUACACCAAAGAACACACACAGGAGAGAAACCGUAUAGUUGUACUCAGUGUGGGAAGAGUUUUUUUACAUCUAGCUAUCUGAAGAGGCACCAGAGAACACACACAGGAGAGAAACCUUUUAGCUGUACUCAAUGCGGUAAGAGUUUUACUCAGCUAAGCAACCUGAUAUCACACCAGAGAACACACUCAGGAGAGAAACCGUAUAGCUGUAAUGAAUGUUGGAAGAGUUUUACUCACCUAAGCAGCCUGACAUCACACCAGAGAACACACACAAGAGAUAAACCAUAUAGCUGUCAUGAAUGUGAGAAGAGUUUUAUUAGCCUAAGCAGCCUGAUGUCACACCAGAGAACACACACAGGAGAGAAACUUUAUAGCUGUACUCAAUGUGAGAAGAGUUAUAAUACAUCCAGCAUUCUGACUAGACACCAGAGAACACACACACAGGAGAGAAACCGUUUAGCUGUGACCAAUGUGGGAAGAGUUUUACUCAGCUAAGCGGCAUGAUAUCACACCGGAGAACACACACGGGAGAGAAACCAUAUAGCUGUGAUCAAUGUGGGAAGAGUUUUGCUACAUCUGGCCAGCUGACUUCACACCAGAUAACACACACAGGAGAGAAACGUUAUAGCUGUGAUCAAUGUGGGAAGAGUUUUGUUCAAUCUGGCAAUCUAAAAGUUCACCAGAGAACACACAUAGGAGAGAAAUCUUAUAGCUGUAAUCAAUGUGACAAGAGAUACUCUAAUAAAAGGUUUCUGAUCAAACAUCAGAAAAUACAUGAAGGAGUUGUUUCAUGAUAUCAAUAAAAGGAUGUCACAAUGUAGAAUGUUGUAGGAGUAUUUUAAUGAUGUCACAAUGUAGAACCCUAAAUGUUUGUCCCUGUUCUAUUGAUUUCAACAUGAUAUGGAUAUUAGCCUCAGGGGGAAAAUCCAGGCUCUGAAUUGAAAGCGUACUAUUUACGGGAUUUAACAAAAAGUGACUAAUACAAAAAGAGUGUGUUACACUUACCACGUUGGUGACCCACUUGGAUCAAAAUGCAACACUUCAAAAUGUAGAGAUCUGUUUUCUACAAAUUGUCCUCUAACCAGUGAUGUACACAUUAUUCCCAGAUUCCGUGUGGUUUUUGAGCUUUUAGUUUUAACAGGAUGUGCAACCUCAUCACUCCAAAAUGUAGCUGACUGUCUUCUGCAGGUUGUCCUCUAACCAGUGAAGUAAAAUAUAUCUCCCAUUUCAAUGUGUUUUUUUAGUUGUUAGUUUCAACAGCACCUACAACCUGAUCUCCCCCCUAAUCGAUAUCAGUGAUUUAUUGCUACUUGUCAAAACAACAGCGUUUUUGGUGCUUGUGUCCAUUGUGAGGAAAACUUGGUUUCUGAUUGUCUCAAGUUUGGGCAGUCAAAAAGAUUUGUGUUUUGUGUUUAGCCAGUGCGUUCCAUGGAUCACAAAUUAUUUUGAGGUUCCGUAUUAGAGUUGAGUUAUGUUUGGGCUCGUUCCAAGGGGACGAGAGUUCCUAGAAGCUAGUGAGUUUUAGGAGGAGAAAAUAUAUAUAUUUUUAAAAUAAAUAAAUAAUAGAAAUAUAAUUGUUAUAUUAUUGUUAUUGUAUAAUAAUAAUUAUUGUAUAAUUGUUACAAUGAUAUUGACAAUGUUGCUCUGCUUUUAGAAUAUCAGGGUUCAUUCUCAGAUGUGCUAACCCAAAUGCAUGACAUUGGGGACUGGGCCCGAUCCAACAACAUGCCUAUCGAGUGAACCCUGAAAAGAGAGAGAGAAGUAAGGUGGAAAGUUACUACGGAUAUUGCAGGAGUUGGUUGCUGAUUGUCUCAAGGGUGGGCAGUCAACAAGUUUUGCGUUUAUCCAGUAUUUUGCCAUGGAUCACAAUUUAUUUUGACUGCACGUUUUUCCGUAUUGGUGAUUAGUUUUUUGGGGGCUCGUUCCAAUGGGACGAGAGUUCUAGAAGCUUGUUCGUUUUAGGAUUCUAUUGAAAGAAAAAGGAUUUAAAAAAUAAAACGAUUGUAUAUUAUUAUUUAGAAAAUGUGUUUAUUCUUGUUUUUAAUUGUUGACUGCCAGUAGACACCAUGUUUAUAUUGGUGAAGCAUUUUAGUUGAUUAUAAUGUGAAAUGGAAAUUGUUUUCUGUUAGUGGUGAGCAAACUUGUCCAACAAAAAUAUAGGAUAUAUUUGUUGUCUUAGGGGGGAAGGUGUUACAGGCUUUGGUUUUUCCAUUUAUGUUUUGAGGUUGGACUCGCCCAUAUAGCUUGUUAGCACGUCUAGCACGUUAGCACGUAGGACGCACUGAUUGGUGUCACCUCGUUAGUCAGUAUGUGUUACACCUGUGCUAGCUUGUCCAUCUCGUUAGUGGGAAGGUGUUUCACCUGAGCUGGUCCAGGUUCUAUUUAAGAGUGUCUGGCCCAGUACUCCACUUGUCUUGAUAGAUGUGGAGAGUCAACAUCUUUAGUCAAUCCACCUUUUUGGUUUGCUUCCUGUCUUUAAGUUUGGUGUGGGUUUUUCUUUUGUUUGCUGCUUCUUGGGCAGAUUUAGUUGGUCUCAUGGUGGGUGUCUUUUAGGUCCCAGUUGUUGUUACUAGUCAACUUUCAGUGGAGACUGAGAGCAAAACUGCAACAUUAUGUUAUAAUACUUUUAUUGCAUCAAAUGGUUGUUUUAUGCAACAGAAUAGAGGGUUCUUAGAACUAUUGUGUCUGUGUUCUACUGAGGAUGGGCUUCUGGGAUAUAACACUGACAGGAGAUUUACAAUGUCUUUUGGGUGGUAAAACCUAAAGAGACCGCAUUUCAGAGCAUGAGUUAAUGUUUCUGUUCUAUAUGGUACCAGGGAGAGAUGACCCCAGGGCCAGACCCUGGUCUCUACACAAAGAGUACUGUUUUUACAGCAGAUACUUAUAAUUCACAGCAGACAGUUUCUUUCAUACAAAUCUUAACCUUGUGACCCGUUCUAUACAUCUGUUGUUUGAAAGGGGUGUAUCUUGGCUGUAAAAGACCUUUGUACUUUUGUCUCGGGGCUCUCAACAAAUCAUCUGUGGGUGAUUUGUUGACCAGCCAUCAUUAUCGUAGAGCACUCAAUUGAUUCACUUUAUAUGUGUGUGUUGUAUUGACCUGCUCCCUUAUUAAUAAGUGAAUAAAGAUUUAGUUUAAGAAUAA